AUCAUUUUGAAUAUUUUGGGCAUCUAUGCAAUUAUCUCAUCAACCCCAUUGGUGACCGGUUUGGUUUCCUGUAAAUCCUACUUCGCCGGGCUCUGUUGACAUCUACUACAUGUGAGGAAAAGUGUCUGCUACAUUCCGAUGGCCGCCAUUUCCAGUUCCAAGGACAAGGCGACGGUUCUUUUCAUAAAGCAAUCGUUAAACUCGUAUCGGCGUCUUCCAACUCUCAGGUGCUAUUCUUCUCGACUAACCAAGACCGAAACCAAAUCAUCGACCAAAACCAGAAAGGCCAGAGGCAUGGCCCGGAUAAUCAACUCUAAACCUUGGUCAGGUGAGCUCGAAUCGUCGCUGGCUUCACUCUCACCCUCUCUCUCUAAAACCACCGUUCUUCAAACUCUGGGUUUUCUGAGAGACCCAUCCAAAGCCCUUCAAUUCUUCAAUUGGGCUCAAGAAAGGGGUUAUGCCCAUACUGAACAAUCCUACUUCUCGAUGCUAGAAAUUUUGGGUCGCAACCGGCAUCUUAAUACAGCUAGGAAUUUUCUGUUUUCGAUCGAAAAACGGUCUCGUGGGCUAGUCAAACUCGAAGCCCGCUUCUUCAAUAGCUUAAUGAGGAACUUUAGUCGAGCUGGACUCUUUCAGGAGUCUAUAAAGCUUUUUACGACGAUGAAAUCACAUGGGGUUUCCCCGUCGGUUGUUACAUUCAAUAGUCUUUUGACCAUUUUGCUUAAAAGGGGUAGGACCAAUAUGGCGAAGAACGUGUAUGAUGAAAUGCUUUGUACUUAUGGAGUGACUCCAGAUACAUUUACAUUCAACAUUUUGAUUAGAGGAUUUUGUAUGAAUGGCAUGGUUGAUGAAGGUUUUAGGAUUUUCAAGGACUUGUCUCGCUUUGGAUGCGAAGCGGAUGUUAUCACAUAUAACACACUCGUUGAUGGGUUGUGCAGGGCAGGUAAGGUUACCGUUGCAUAUAAUGUGGUAAAGGGUAUGGGGAAGAAAAGCGUGGAUCUGAAUCCCAACGUUGUUACAUACACAACUUUGAUUAGAGGUUAUUGUGCAAAGCGAGAGAUUGAUAAAGCCUUGGCUGUUUUUGAAGAAAUGGUUAAUCAAGGAUUGAAAGCGAACAACAUAACCUACAAUACUUUAAUUAAGGGACUUUGCGAGGCCCGUAGAUUUGAGAAAGUAAAAGAGAUAUUGAAGGCAACAGCAGGAGAUGGAACAUUUUCCCCUGACACGUGCACAUUCAAUACUUUGAUGCAUUACCAUUGUCAUUCUGAAAACUUGGAUGACGCCCUGAGAGUGUUUGAGAGGAUGACAGAAUUAAAGAUUCCCCCAGAUUCGGCCACAUACAGUGUAUUGGUUAGAAGUUUGUGUCAAGGAGGGCAUUAUGAGAAGGCAGAGGACUUGUUAGAUAAACUGUUGGAGAGAAAAAUCUUGUUAAGUGAUGACGGGUGUAAGCCUCUUGUUGCUGCAUAUAACCCCAUUUUCAAGUAUUUAUGUGAAAAUGGAAAGACUAAGAAAGCUGAAAAAGUAUUUAGACAGCUAAUGAGAAGAGGAACACAAGACCCUCCAUCUUACAAGACUUUGAUUAUGGGGCAUUGUGACGAAGGUACAUUUGAAUCUGGGUAUGAGCUACUAGUCUUGAUGUUGAGGAAAGAUUUUUUACCAGAUUUGGAGAUAUAUGAAUCCUUAAUCAACGGGCUUUUGCACAAGGAUAAGCCUCUUCUUGCCCUUCAGUCACUGGAAAAGAUGCUAAGGAGCUCCCAUCUUCCUAAAUCAUCUACCUUUCAUUCUAUACUUGCAAAACUAUUAGAACAAGGAAGUGCAUCCGAGUCUGCUAGUCUUAUACAAUUAAUGUUAGACAAGAAUAUUAGACAAAAUCUUAGUUUCUCGACUGGUUGUAUAAGACUACUAUUUGGAGCUGGAAUGAAUGACAAAGCAUUCCAAAUUGUUCACCUGCUUUAUGAGAAUGGCUAUUCGGUUAAAAUGGAAGAAUUAAUUCAUUAUCUUUGCCGCUGUAACAAGGUUAUUGAGGCAUCUAAAAUGUUGCUAUUUAGUUUGGAGAGUCAUCAAUCUGUCGACGUGGAUGUUUGCAAUACAGUAAUUUUUCGGCUUUGUGAAAUUAAUAAGUUGUCUGAAGCAUUUAGUCUGUACUAUAAACUGGUGGAGAUGGGAGUCCAUCAACAGUUAAGCUGUCAAAACCAAUUGAAAGUAUCUCUUGAGGCUGGGGAGAAAUUGGAAGAGGCUGAGAUUGUAUCAAAAAGGAUGGAACUGGUGGAGAUGGGACCAUCAACAGCUAAGCCGUCAAAACCAAUUGAAAUUUUACGGUUCACGAAAAAAUGGGGGGGAGUGUGUUUUAGAUCACCAACUUCUCUCCAAGAAAAGUGGAUAAUGGCCCAUUUAAAUUCUCCGAACUCUGUGAUAGGUUUCAUUCAGAUUUUUACAGAAAAGGCUAUAAACAUAUCGUUUAAGCUCCCAAAUAUGUCAAGGAUGAGUUGUGAGGGCUCGGCUAUGCUCGAUCAUCCACGGGCAAGGCGUGUUCCAACACCUAGGACGGCAACUAUCCUUGCACUUGGCAAGGCAUUUCCCAGCCAACUUGUUCCACAAGAGUGCUUGGUCGAGGGUUACAUUCGAGAUACAAAAUGCGUAGAUGCAACUAUCAAGGAAAAAUUGGAGCGUUUAUGCAAAACGACCACUGUGAAGACAAGAUACACUGUCAUGUGCAAAGAAAUCUUGGAUAAGUAUCCUGAGCUUGUAACGGAGGGCUCACCCACCAUCCGACAGAGGUUGGAAAUUGCUAACCCUGCAGUUGUUGAGAUGGCCACUGAAGCUAGCAAAGCCUGCAUUAAGGAAUGGGGGAGAUCAGUUGAAGAUAUCACCCACAUUGUCUAUGUUUCUUCUAGUGAAAUCCGCUUACCUGGUGGGGAUCUUUACAUUGCCAAUCGGCUUGGUUUGAAGAAUGAUGUUGGUCGUGUAAUGCUGUACUUUCUAGGCUGUUAUGGUGGUGUCACUGGACUCAGGGUUGCCAAAGACAUAGCAGAAAACAAUCCAGGAAGUCGAAUUUUGCUGAUGACUUCUGAGACUACAAUCCUUGGAUUUCGUCCUCCGAACAAUGCACGCCCAUAUGACCUCGUUGGGGCCGCACUUUUUGGUGACGGAGCUGCUGCUGUGAUCAUUGGAGCAGACCCUGUGCCUGGGCAAGAAUCUCCUUUCAUGGAGCUGAACUAUGCUGUCCAACAAUUCUUGCCAGAUACCCACAAUGUGAUUGAUGGCAGACUUUCUGAGGAGGGUAUAAAUUUCAAACUUGGUAGAGACCUUCCACAGAGAAUAGAUGACAACAUAGAAGAUUUCUGCAGGAAGCUGAUGGGAAAGGGAAGGCUGGUGGAUUUUAAUGACUUGUUCUGGGUAGUUCAUCCUGGUGGCCCAGCAAUUCUCAAUAAACUAGAGAACACUCUGAGGUUGAAAAGUGGGAAGCUUGAAUGCAGCAGAAAGGCCUUGAUGGAUUAUGGAAAUGUUAGCAGCAACACCAUUUUCUAUGUCAUCGAGAACAUGAGAGAGAAUCUGAAGAGGGAGGAUGGGGAAGAAUGGGGACUGGCUUUGGCAUUUGGACCAGGCAUUACUUUUGAAGGCAUUCUCAUUCGUAGCCUCUGAUUUCUCUAUCCCCGUCAUAUGCUUUGUGAUCUGAAAACUUACAGAAAACAAAAUGUGCUUCUUAACUUUACUAUAACUGAAAGCAGGUUUAGCUUUGGAUUAUAUAAAAUGUUCAUUCUGAAUUUGAAAUCUAUUUGGAUUGUGAAUGAAGAAGGAUACAUAUUAAUAGCAA